UUUGGAGAGAAAGUUGAGCUAGGAUCGUUAUAUCUUCUUUUCUCUCACAUUCAUUCACACUCACUCUAAAGUGAAAAUGAAAAUGCUAUCCACACUCCAAACCCCACGUUCCACUCUCUCACGCUUCUCCCUUCCAUCAUCCACAAUCACCACUCAAGCUAUUCUCACACACCCCCAACCUACCACUGCACCCCCCUCUCAAAUCCUCACCCUCCGCCACUCCCUUCUCACCAACACCCUCUCCGCCACCGACCUCAUCCAAUCCCACCUCACCCGCAUCCGUCUCACCGAACCCCACCUCCGUUCCUUCCUCCACCUCCCUUCCGACCAAUCCCUCCUCGAUCAGGCACAUGACCUCGACCGCAGAAUCGCUGCGGGGGAGGAAGUUGGUCCUCUUGCUGGUGUUCUUGUUGCUGUUAAGGAUAAUAUUUGUACGGCUGACAUGCCGUCGACUGGUGGGUCGAGGAUACUUGAUGGUUAUCGGCCGCCGUUUGAUGCGACGGCGGUGAAGAGAGUUAAGGAGUUGGGUGGGAUUGUUGUUGGGAAGACGAAUAUGGAUGAGUUUGGUAUGGGAAGUACCACUGAAGCUUCUGCAUUUCAGGUGACUGCCAACCCGUGGGAUGUUUCUAGGGUGCCAGGAGGAUCAUCCGGAGGAUCGGCAGCUGCAGUUUCUGCCAGGCAGUGUGUUGUAUCGUUGGGAAGUGAUACUGGUGGAAGUGUGAGGCAGCCGGCAUCAUUUUGCGGUGUCGUAGGUUUGAAGCCAACAUAUGGGCGCGUCUCAAGAUUUGGACUCAUGGCGUAUGCGUCAUCGCUUGAUGCCAUUGGCUGCUUUGGUUCAUCGGUCGCUGAUGCUGGGAUUCUCCUCCAUGCAAUUGCUGGUCAUGAUAGAUUUGAUGCCACAUCAAGUAAGCAGGAGGUGCCCAACUUUCUAUCUCAUUUUGACUCUGCAAGUUCUUUGGAAAGUAAGCCCUUGAAAGGACUGAGAAUUGGUUUGAUUCGUGAAACUAUUGAAGAUGGUGUUGAUGCUGGAGUAGUUUCUGCAAUUCGUGACGCUGCUUCACAUUUUGAGGCAUUAGGAUGCUCUGUGAGCGAGGUGUCACUGCCAUCCUUUUCGCUUGGGUUGCCGGCAUACUAUGUCCUUGCUUUGUCUGAAUCAUCUUCCAACUUGUCUCGCUAUGAUGGUAUUAGAUAUGGAAACCAAGUUUAUGCUGAAGAGCUAAACUCUCUAUAUGGUGAAUCCCGAGCCAAAGGGUUAGGUUCUGAGGUGAAAAUGAGAAUUUUGAUGGGGACAUAUGCCCUUUCAGCUGGUUACUAUGAUGCAUAUUACAAACGAGCGCAGCAGGUGAGAACCAUUAUAAGGAAUAGCUUCAAGGAGGCGCUGGACCAAUAUGAUAUCUUGAUUUCCCCUGCAGCUCCUUCAGCUGCUUAUAAAAUUGGUGAAAAGAAAAAUGAUCCUUUGGCUAUGUAUGCUGGUGACAUCAUGACUGUAAAUGUCAACCUAGCUGGACUACCUGCCUUGGUUUUACCAUGUGGAUUUAUUGAGAAUGGACCGACUGGCCUUCCUGUUGGCCUGCAAAUGAUUGGUGCAGCAUUUAAUGAGGGAGAACUGCUGAGAGUGGGACAUAUCUUUGAGCAAACGCUUGAGAAUUGCAGAUUUGUUCCACCAAUCGUAGCUGAUAGCGUUGAAUAACGAGGGUAAGGGAUCAUUCUACAUCUUGGUGAUCCAUAAAUAAUUUAUCAGUUUCAUGAAAAUGCGGUGGCCGAAGCAGGUAUGUUUAGGGUGUUCAGUGUUACCAAAUAGAAGGAAAAUUUGGUUGACAUUACAGGCAAAUAUUUUGGUCACACAUGAUUGAAUCUGGAUUGAGCAAGCUUGAGUUUUCCACUCUUUGAAAUUGAGAAUGAUCACAGUAAGUCAGCAGCAUUUUCUAGUUGCUUUUUGUUUUUUCCUUUUUUGAAAUUGAGAAUGUUAUUUGUUUAUUGGCUUAUCAUUUGCGAAUAGUUAAUUUGUUUUAUUCAGUGUAAAACCAGCUAUAGAUUGAUCAAGUGUAAAGGAGCAACUGCUCAUCAGAAUUAACAAAUAGUUGGCCUCGUAAUUUACUGUUGAGGAUGUUUUUCUUAAGUAAAAAACUUAUGGUUAACAUUGAAGAAAAAAAUAUAUGAAAUUCUACCGGUUAUAUUUUAA